AUGAGAAAUAAGCAGCUCGUGCUGUACAAGGACAAACCGAGGAUAUCUCUAUCGCUCGCUCGCUCUCUCUCUCUCUCUCUCUCUCUCCCUCUCAAUAUAUUCCCUCUGUUUUCUUCUUUUUCUUUUGCUUUCUUCUUUUCUUUUCCUUUUCCUUUUCUUCUUCAGAUUUCCCGUUUUCUUUUCUUCUUCAGUUUUUUCUUUUCUUUUCUUUUUUGUUUUUCUUCUUUCUUCUUUUUAUUAGUUGAGCUAAUUUUAUUUCUUCUUCCGAUUUCUUUUCUUUUCUUUCCUUCCUCAGAUUCACGCUUUUCUUUUCUUUUUUCUUUUAUCCUUUUCCUUCUUCAUUCUUUUUUGCUCACAAAUUGUCCUUCUUUUCUUCUCAGCUAUAUCUUAUUCACUUUCUUCUUUUUUUCCUUCUUCAGAAAAAAAACUCUUCCUACUUUUUCGUUUAAAGUCUUUCUUUUCGAGAUUUUUUCUUCUUAUUCAUUAAUUUCAUUCUUCUUCUUCUUCUUCUUCUUCUUCUUCUUCUUCUCUAAAGCUAUCGUAUCUUCCUCUUCCUUUCUUCUUCUUCUUGUUCCUCCUCCUUGUCCUCACUGUUUCUCAUUAUUCUUCCCUUUCUUUUCAAUAAUUAUGUUAAUAAUUGCGACAUUGCGCAGCAUCUAUCUAUCUAUCUAUCUAUCUAUCUAUCUAUCUAUCUAUCUAUCUAUCUAUCUAUUAGCUGAACUACUAAUCACCAAUUGUAAAAAAUCAGAAUGUAUCGAUGUCUCUUCAUCUAUCUAUCUAUCUAUCUAUCUAUCUAUCUAUCUAUCUACCUAUGAGAAGAAGCUGCUCGCGUGGAACUUACGUCUAUCUAUCUAUCUAUCUAUCUAUCUAUCUAUCUAUCUAUCUAUCUAUCUAUCAGAGUCUCUUAAUGCUUGUUUUUCUAUAUUUUUUCAGUGA